CAGUGAGGAUGCUGAGAGGAGCAGACAGGGAUAGGCAGAAUUAUUACUGAGGGAAGAAAAGAGUAAAGGAAAGCGAAAAAUGGAGUCUGUAACGUUAGCAUCGGGCGUUAUUAGGUGUGGCAGAGUUUAGUUUAAUUUAUUUUAAAGCGAGAGAGCUGACCCAUCAACCUGACUGGAUUUAUUUCGACUCAGCUGUGUGGGGCUAAGUAACAGAAAUGGAGAUUGUUUUUUUGAUUUUGGCGUUAAUUACAAUGAAUGGAGCGGCCUUUUCGGCGGAUGAGUGCAGCUGGAGGGGAAGCGGUCUUUCUCGGCCAGAGCAAGGUGUUGAGCAGGUGUUUCUGCGCUGCGCCGAAGGCUCGGUCGAGUUCCUGUACCCCACCGGAGCCCUGCGUCUCACUCUCUUGCCCCGGCAAUCCGGAAACAGAGUGGGCGGGGCCAGUGGAACGCCUACAUCUGUCUGCAUCAAGCCAGAGCCUCAGUGGGGCGGCGCCCAGCUUUACCUGGAGAGAGGUGGAGUCCUGGAGCUGCUAGUAAGCGACACACCUGGUCCCGCUUAUCUACGCUGUUUCAGCAUUACUCCUGGGGAAAGCCCGGCCCUGUUCCUGCAAGCCACGCCCCACAGCGACAUAAGCAGGCGCAUCGCGGCGUUCCGUUACGAGCUGAGAGGGGAUAGGACCUCGCAGUUUUCUGUUAACUCUGUGGACGCUGAUGUGGAAGAAGGAGCGUGCAGGCCGUGUAACGACACAGAGAUGCUGAUGGCAGUUUGCACCAGUGACUUUGUGGUACGUGGGAAUAUCCGCGCGGUGGAAGCCGACUCUGGACAGCGCGUGUCCGUGAUCAGCGUGAGCGCGACACGUGUGUACCGUCAGAAGUGGCCUCUGUUCUCCAGCGUGGGCCGCCUCACACACUCCGGAGAGAUCCGCACACUGCUACGCUGCGGCGUCCGCGCCGGCUCCGGAAGCUUCCUCUUCACCGGACACGCCCACUUUGGGGAGGCCUGGCUUACCUGCGCACCAAGGUACAAAGAAUUCCUGAGAGUGUACGAGCGCGCCAGACAGGACCUCCAGAUCCCCUGCACUCUCGACACCUGAACUGAUAAAGAGAGAGGGACAGGACAAGAGAGGAAGAGAAGGAGCGAGAUGAAAAUAAAGACAAUGGCGUCAUCAUGGAGACAAAGACACAGUGAAUCUUCAUGAAGAGAGUGGGACAGCAAAUAAUGUCUUCAUGGAAAGAGAAACAGUAAAUUGUGUCCUUAUGGAGAAAGAAAAGGAAAUAGUGUCCUCAUGGAAAGAGUGACCGUGCAUAAUGUCCUCAUGAAGAGAGAGAGAGAGAGCUGUUAGUGUCCUAAUGGAGAGAGAGCGAGAGAGACACACAGUGAAUAAUGUCCUCAAGGAGAGAGACCAGGUGUCACAGUCAUACACAGAUUACCAUCCUCAUGAAGAGAGACACAAGAUAGUGUCCUUGCAAAGAGAGAUCCAGAAAAAGUCAAAUUCAAGUAAGAGACAUGGAAUUAUCAAAGAGAGAGACACAAAAUGUAAGACGUGACUCCUCAGGACUUUAACUCAUUAGCUAUAAGCGAAGGACAUGUGACACUCGUCAGUAUUAAUACCACUCACGGGUUUAAUAUAAAAAUUUAAUUUGCACUGAGGAUGAAGAGGGAGCUGAAACCAAAUGAUGGAAGCAGAUAAAAUGUAGCACACACACACACACAGAUCAGAUCAUUUAUUACCUGAUUUAAUCAGCAUCCUAAAUUCCAUUCUUGUUUACACCGCAUGCUAAAGCAAGCUAAAGCUGCUUCUCUGUGAAGUUAACGGUGAUCCAGAGUAUGAACUAUGCUAGCAUGCUAAUGCUAAACUGAUAAAAAAAAAAAAAAAAGAUGAGACAUUGAAGCACUUUCGCUGCAUAUCCGUUCAUACGACUUAAAUACUGUUAGUGUUUCUUGAGCAGAUGUUAAUUUUUUUUUUAUAAUAAUUUUUUAAAAUAAGAAAGCUGGAUUUGAUUUACCUGACAUUGCUAUGUUGUUUGUUUUGCUUGUGUUUAAAGAUGUGUAUGAUGUAAGAGAAAUAUAUUUAAUGGUAAAGAGCGUCUCGGAUAUUAUUACAGAGUGGGCCAAUAUAUAUA